GCAAAUCGUCUGGCCCUCUGCGUCCCCGGCGUCCCCGGCGUCCCUGGGUCCGCAGGAGCCUACUCGCUCCUAAACCGCGCGUUCGGGUAUGCCCCGCUACGAGCUGGCUUUGAUCCUGAAAGCCAUGCAGCGGGUCUGACCAUGAUUGGCAUGGAUUCAUUCUGGCCAAAGAGCUAUGAAGAAGCCGCUCGGUAGUUCCUGCCUCCCUGAUCCCGGGAGCUGCUCUGGUCCCCGAACUCUCCAAGGCCUGGCUCUUCAGAUUGUCCUUCAGCCAGAGACUGCUGCUGCUUUGAAACGCACAAUAGAAGCUCUGAUGGACAGAGGAGCGAUAGUAAGGAACUUGGAAAACCUGGGCGAGCAAGCGCUUCCUUACCGGAUCUCCUCCCACAGCCAGCAGCACAGCAGAGGAGGGUAUUUCUUGGUGGAUUUUUAUGCACCAACAACAACUGUGGAAAGCAUACUGGAAUACUUGUCUCGAGACAUUGAUGUGAUUAGACCAAAUAUUGUCAAACACCCACUAACCCAGGAAGUAAAAGAGUGUGAAGGGAUGGUCCCAGUCCCACUGGAAGAAAAACUGUAUUACAGAAGAAAGAAGAAGAAGUAAGAAGAUUCACCUGAUUUUAGCUUUGUUUUUACUUCUCCCACUUUUGAGAACCAUGCAUUAAUUGACAGUUUACAACCUCAUCCUUUAUAUGGGAGUGUGUUGCAGGUAUAAUUUGAUUCUUUGAAGAUGUUUUUAGCUCUUUGAUCCCCUUUGCUGUGGGAGAUGGCUUGCUUCAGGCUGCUACAGCAGCUGUGGCACCAGCACAUCAUUCUUGAUUUUGUUGUCAUUAAUUUAAUUGGCCAGUGAGGACUUUUUGCCUUACAACAAGAGUAAUUUUGUAGAGCUAAACUUAUUAAAACUGACUUGGAUUGCAAGCUAGUCAUUCAGACUGUGUAAUUGUACAAAAAUAAAAUUUUAAAGCAAC